AUGCUUCUCAAUCAGCCCAUCAGUCCAAAACAACUUCUCCUUCGACACUGCGAGUUUGCAGCCAGGUUUGGACGUAUUUCGAAUUUGGAUCCAUAUGGCAGACAGCUUUCGUUUGCGCAGUAUUAUCUGCUUGACGUUCUUUUCGCUGUUGUCAGCACUCUAGUCAUCAUUGCUUACAUUAGCCUAAAACUUUUCAACAGACAUUACUCUCUACCGGCUAAAUGUAAGAAAGACUAA